GUGUCUCGUCUACCCCCUGCACGUACGGCAACAUGUAUUUCUUUUACCCUGCACCUAAUCCACCCCCGCCGUUCUAACUAUAUAGAUGUAAUCGUCAUUUAUAGGUGUGUGUGUGUGUGUGUAAGUAUAUACAUUGCACGUUUCGGAGCUCGGAGCUUUUGAUAAUUAUAUACUUACUUACGCGAAAUACUCAUUAUUAGCAUUGUGUGUAAUAAAAGUAGUUCAGGGAGUGGAUUUUGCAUCAUUUGCGGGUCAUUACAGGCUUAAAUAAUAUACGUAAUAAGUAUUACAAAGUAUUAGUUGAGCAAAGGAGGACGCGACAGUGGGCACUAAAGACUCUUAGAUAGAAAGAGGAAGAGAAGAGAAGAGAGAGAGAAACGAAACAUAUCUUUGCUGCGACGGAUAUACGCCUAUACGCAGCCAGUCGUGGGGUCGUCGCGGGGAGAAGAGAAGUGCACGGAAAAUAUAUCUUCUUCAGCGGCCAAGGGGGGCCUGCAGUUGUAAUAAUCAGAAUAAUGGAGGAGGAGCUGUACGUUGUUGGUGUUGCUUCGGUUAGGACGCCGCCGUCGCGACUAAGUCCUCAUCGGCCGUACUUAUGAGGGAAUAAGAGUGAUCGUAGUAGCUAGUGCGUACAAGUACCUAUACAAUAAGAAGGGAGGAAGAAGACUGCCCCAGUGCCAAGCCAAGGCAUCGAUGAUGGUGGUAACAACGACGAUGACAACGUCGUCGUGCAGGGUCGGGCUUACGUGGAUGUGUGUGUUUCAAGUAACUGGUAACUAGCUGUGCCAGCAAUUAGAUUGUAACAAAGAGAUAAAAUAAAGUGCAAAAGUUCGGUUGAUUCGUUCCAAUAACUGCGGAAAAAAACAAGAGAGUCUCAUCGACGAAUAUUAGGUUCUUGUGUUUGUUGUUGCUCUCAAAGCUGGUGGUGAUCGUUGGUAGUAGUGUCUCUUCUCGAGGAAGUGUGUCGACGCCGUCUCGGGGCGCCGGCGAACGAGCGAGCGACGACGUCGAUCAAAGUGGCUCCCACGGAGCAGCAGCAGCAGCAGUGCGCCGAUCGACGCAGCAUUGCAGCAGCUGCAGCUAGUAGCGGUGGUAGUAGCAUUAAAAUUGGCUCUAACACGGAGCCCGCAAUGGUCAUCCGGUCAGAUGGUGGCAGCAGUGAAAGCCCACUUCUUGUAGAAGAGGGUGAGGCUGUUGGCCAACCACAUGGUCCAAAUAACAAACACACUCACAGCCACAGCCAUGUUCAUCCUCUUCAUGGUCAACAGAGCCAUCACCAUGAUAAGCCCAAAUAUGGGGAAUUAGUCCUACUUGGUUGCAAUGGACAUCUUCCAAAUGGUGAUCGCGGACGAAGACGAAGUAAAUUUGUGUUGACACUGCGGGACAAACCCAACGGAGUAAAACGUAGUAGGCAUUAUGUCGUGAAAACACCCCACUGCUCUCAAGCCAUUUUAAACACGAAGCAACAUUCGAUUAGCUACACGUUAUCGAGAACGCAAGCUGUGAUUGUGGAGUACACAGAGGACGACGAAACAGACAUGUUUCAGGUCGGACGAUCUUCCGAGCAGCCAAUAGACUUCGUUGUGAUGGACACUACUCCCGGUGGCGAGGUAGUUGCUUCGAACGAAGGAAGAGUUGCUCAGAGUACCAUCAGCAGGUUUGCGUGUAGAAUUAUCGCGGAUCGCAACGAACCCAAAGUUGCCAGAAUCUACGCAGCUGGUUUCGACAGCUCCAGAAAUAUUUUCCUGGGGGAAAAAGCUACAAAGUGGCAGGAGAGUCGAGAGAUAGAUGGUCUAACGACCAACGGCGUACUGAUCAUGCACCCGCGAGGGCAAUUCUGUGGAGGCGAGGCUGAGUGUGGCUACUGGCGAGAGGUCAGCGUAGGUGGAGGUGUCUUCUCAUUGCGCGAAAGUAGAAGCGCACAGCAGAAGGGCCAUGUUGUCGAGGAUGAGGACAAUAUCCUGAAAGACGGUACUCUCAUUGAUUUAUGCGGUGCAACUCUUUUGUGGAGGUCGGCUGAAGGCCUUGCAAAAUCACCGACCAAGCACGACUUGGAAGAACUGGUGGAUGCCAUAAACGCAGGGCGACCGCAGUGCCCCGUUGGUUUAAACACUCUUGUGAUACCGCGGAGGGCUGCCUCGGAGUCCGCUCAGCAACAGCCUUACGUUUACCUUAAAUGUGGCCACGUACAGGGCCAUCAUGAUUGGGGUCAGGAAAAGGACAAAGCCACGCGCAAAUGCCCAAUGUGUUUCGUCGCUGGCCCAAUCGUCAAACUCUGCAUGGGAAUCGAACCAGCGUUUUACGUUGACAGCGGCCCGCCGACUUAUGCGUUCAGUCCGUGUGGACACAUGGCGACCGAGAAAACUGUAAAAUAUUGGGAAAAAGUAGCAAUUCCACACGGCACAAACGGCUACAUUGCCAUUUGUCCAUUCUGCGCAACACCAUUGGAAGGAUCACCAGGAUACGUAAAACUAAUAUUCCAAGAUCAUGUAGACUAAAAUGAUUCAUACGUGCCGUGAGCUCGUAAAAAAAGCUCUGUACAGAAGUCACUAUUUUUUUUUUUUUUUUUUUUAUCUCGUUUCUUUACCUCGACUAUGUCUUUUUUAAAUCGAGGUAAUAAUAAUAGAGCCUUCUCGUGCAUAAGUUAUUGGAAAAAAAAUCUUCGAAUUUUACCGUUAAGUAGAAUGCCACAAGUUAUUAAACGCUUAGUUGUCUCAACCGGCAUAUGCAGAUUGUUUUUUAAUAAGGCUAUUGACAGUGUUAUAUCUGCCAUAACAAAAGAUAAACACUUUUACAGCUAUCUCGCUUAGUUCAAGCCGAAGAAUUUUUAAUAUUAAUAUUAAAUGUAAAAGUGCAACUUGAAUUAAAUUAUGUCAAAGGAGAAAAAAAAUUUUUUUAACAAAUGUGUCGUUACAAUAAUCGCAUAUAUUUUUUUAUAUAAAUAAAGUGGUAUUAUAAUGAACUAAAUAAACCAAAUCAACUUUAAAUGAUUAUUGAUUACCAGUGUUCUUUGGUUCGUAUUUUAAAUUUGUAAUGCUUAGGACUCUACUGUUAUCAAACUCAUUGAUUAAUUAUUGGUAGUAACGAUUAAUUUUGUUAGGAAAAUUUUUCAUUGCUACUCUGAUGAUUAGGUAGAAGCCUUAAACUAUAGAUUUAUUUGAAACAAAUUAUCGAUAUAUGUACAAAGAAGCUGUGUUCUUUACAAUAACCUGAUGGGCUUCGAAUAAUCUUAGCCAAAGACUCCAUCAAUUUUUUAUAACUUCCAGGAUGUAUAUUUGCAAAUUUGCAUUCCACUGAAACUUCAUAGACUAUUAUACUUAUUAUCCAUUAUUUAUGAUUUU